CAUUUAGACACUUGUACUAUUGUUCUGUGUUAAAGCACUGACAUCCUGGACGCUUCGGGCCUUCGGGCUAGGCGGAGGUCGGCCUUUGGCCUUCACAUUAAGACACUUGUACUAUUGCUCUGUGCUAAAGCGAUGACAUUUUGCUAAAGCUCGGCCUUCGACCUUCGCACUUAGACAAUUUGUACUAUUGUUCUGUGUGUGUAGUUGAAUACGGUAUCCUAAAAACAGGCAAACAACCUCUGUAAAAUGUAACGAUGCGAGCGGUACGGCUACCAUCAGUUUGGCCUUGACAUAAACGCUACCGUGGGCGUGAACGUAAUUUACUUUCUAUGCAUCUCGCUCGUACUGACAUAUUAGUGCAAAAGAGAUAUACCUAUAGGAAGUAAAUUACGUUCACGAUAUCGUUUCUGUCAAUGCCAAACUGAUGGUAGCCGUACGGAACACUAAAUGCCUCGAGCUAUCUCGGACUUGGCCAAAUUAUUAUAUAACUAAGGCAGACUCUGCCUGUGACCAUGAACGUAACGUCACGUUCGAAACGUCAGGCCAUAAAUAAACGUAAGCUUUACGCGAUUAAGUUCCGUGUUAGUUAUAAAAGUAUGAGACAUAGAAAAGUUAAAUUAUAAUAGUGCUUAUCAAAUUGACUAUUUAUUGUCGCAUUGUAUUAUUAAGUCCCAUAAUUAAAAGUCAGAUAAUAAAGUACAACCAUUGUUUAUGUUUAGUAGAUUACUAUCAUUCAAAAGUUUCUUUUAAAUUAAACUAUAGAUUCUCGUCCAGUUUCUAAUACGCCACCGCCGGCUAAAGUAGUCAGUCUUUAUUUAAUUAUUUAUAUGUAUUUACAUUAUUUAUAUUAUUUAGAUUAUUUAUAUGUAAAAUGUAAAUAUGGUACUCAUUAUAGCAGUGGUAGUUCUAUUGAUCCUAGUGUACUGCUAUGGAACCCGGUCCUUCAGUUAUUGGUCUAAUCGAGGAAUUAAGCACGACCCGCCCAUUCCGUAUCUUGGCACGGCCAAGCGACAGCUCUUUUUUCAAACCAGUCACUUUGAGAUCUUUGACGAGAUGUACUGGAAAUACCCGCAGGAAAGAUACGUUGGAUAUUACUAUGCGACCACUCCGCUUAUCAUCCUGAGAGACCCAGAAUUAGUUAAGCGAUUUUUAGCAACAGAUUUUAACUAUUUCUACUCCAGAUCAGUUUUUCCCCUACAUGGUGUACCAGAACCGUUAAUGAAUAACCUAUUUGCUUGCGACGGAAAUUUGUGGAGGUUUCUGCGGCAGAAGAUGACACACGCGUUUUCAUCUGCAAAAUUAAAAGCCAUGUAUCCUCUGAUUAUUUCUAGAACCGAAAAAUUACAGCAAAUUGCGGCCGAGGCUGCGUCGAGAGGUACAGAAGUAGACGUACUAGAACUCAUGGCACGUUAUACCACUGACUUUAUUGGAGCUUGCGGGUUCGGUCUCGACACAGAAGCUCUUAACGACGAAAACUCGAUGUUUAGACGUGUUGGACAUCGCAUAUUCCAUACGACCACACGUGAUGCCAUUGUGAUGUUUUGUAAAAUAAUGAUGCCCGCUUUAUUUAAGAGUUUACAUUACUUCUCCGAGUUUAUAGAGAAAAAUAUGUUUGAACUUAUAAAAAGUAUAAUGGCUCAGAGGGAGCAUAAGCCAUCGGGCAGAAACGAUUUCAUUGAUUUACUUCUUGAAGCGAAAGCAAAAGGGGCGGAAUAUUCUUCAUACGAGACAAAUCUCAGUGAAAGUCCAUGUCUUGAGGAGCUAGAAUUGACUGAGGAGCUGAUGGCUGCGCAAGUAUUCGUCUUCUUUAGCGCCGGGUUUGAGACGUCAUCGAAUUCGUCCAGCUAUAUGCUACACGAGUUAGCCUAUCAUCCUGAAUACCAGAAGAAGUGUCAAGAGGAAAUUGAUGAGGUGCUCGCGCGAUAUGAAAACAAAUUGUGUUAUGACGCUAUCAAGGAAAUGAAGUAUCUGGCUAUGUGUUACAGCGAAACGCUCCGCGUUUUUCCGGCAGCUGGUUUCUUAAUGCGCAAAUGUCAAAAACCUUAUAUCAUCCCGGGCACGCACAUUAAGCUGGAUCCUGGAGUCAAGGUGGUGGUUCCGGUCAAAUCCUUUCACAAGGAUCCUCUGUACUGGGAGGACCCUGAACAAUUUCGUCCGGACAGAUUUCACCCGGAUAAUAUGGGUAAAAUCAAUAAAAAUAUAUAUUUGCCGUACGGAGAUGGACCAAGGAAAUGCAUAGGCGAGCGUCUCGGAAUCAUGCAGUCUCUGGCCGGCCUGGCGGCGCUGCUCAGCGAGUUCUCCGUGGCAGCAGGAAAGAGCACCGUGCGUCACCCACCCCUCGAUCCAUACGUGUUCCUUGUGCAAAGCGUGCUCGGCGGCAUGCCGCUUAUGCUGGUCCCUAGGAAGAAGAACGUGUGAUUUAAAAAACCCAUACUUAAUUGCUAGGCUGUCAGUAAAUAAAAAUGGUUGACUCACGUGUCAUGUUAAAUAAAUGCGAAGUAACAUGCCUUAUCAUUACUUAUAUAGGAGCUUAGUACAAUUUGUAUAACUAUAAAGUACCUACAUAUUGUAAACUUUUUCUAAAAAGCACAAAUGUCUAAUCUAUUUUAAGAGCCCAUCAACGUGCACACUAGCGCCACUGUUAAAUAAUCGUUAUUAUUUAAAUUUAACGAAAGAUAUUUCAAAAAGGGGGCCGCUACGUACUGUAUUUUGUAUUUAAUUACCUUUUGAAUAUAUCAAACUUGUUUUUAUGUUUCUGGAUUCGUCGAUCUAUGAAAUCAAAACAAAAACGGCCGUUUUAACUUUGGACGCAUGAAUACGAUAGUGGCACUUUUUUUUUAAAUAUCUUCGUAAAUUUAAAUAAUCACGAUUAUUUAGCAGUGUGCACGUUGAUGGGCUCUUAACUAACACCUAAAAUAUAAUUGGUAGAUGUUUGCAAUAAUCGAUAUUAAAUUUUCGUGAGACAUAUUUUAAAUUGUUUAUACGACAACGGUUUCACUCACUUGAAUUUUUAGUCGCUAUUGGCGACAUGUUUCGGGCCCGUCGGGGGUCCUUCCUCAGGCUCGAGUAAAAAUUCAAGUGAGUGAAACCGUUGUCGUAUAAACAAUUUGGUAGAUGUUUGUUUAUAAACAAUCUAAGUAUUGCAGCAUUUCUGGCUUCGGCGCAGACUGUAUCUUAAUUGACUCCAAUAAUAACAUAACGUACUUAAGUAAUAAGUAUAAUUAAUUCUUCCACUCUAUUACAGUGAGUGGUAAUGAAAGGGGCCGUGUCAACAAAUAUGAAGCUAUCUUGGGGGGAAUUUGGCAGACGUGAUGCCGCAGAAUACCUGUAACUAGAUCCUGCGCGCCAUGAAGUACCUAUAAUUAAUAAUUAGCAUAUAAUUAAGCUUAGAAACAAAUGAAAAGUGGAAAAAUUCACUGUCUUGGAUGGGACUUGAACCCACGACCACUGGAUCGCUAGUCCAGUGCCUGCCAUCUAAGCUACCAAGACCGUACCUACCUACUACAGCGAAUAUUUCCAUCAAAUAUGAGGCUUUGGGAGGCUCUACCGACAUCUACAGUAACCGUACUUUAAUUUGUUUACAUACACUAAUACACUAAUUAAUCAUGCAAUUAGUUAAAAACUGAGGACAGCUUAAACUAUGAGACUAAUAAAAAGCAAUUACAUAAUUUAGCGACUUAAAUCCUGUAUCUGUAAGUAUCGACAUGCUGCCAUCCCUACGCUCACCGUUUAUUGCCUCAGUUGUCAGUUUGUUUUGCGGGUAGUUUAGCAAAUGGAAGGCGUGCUUAAAUGCUCCAUCCAGUGGUAGUGAUCAGCUCGAAACACCAUAUAUUAUGUCAACACAGCGGUUCCUUUCUCAUCGCGCUCUCAAUUCUAUAAAUACGUCAGCGCGUAACGUCCUUAUUCGAGACAUCAUUACCUACAUUUGUUUAGGAUUCUAUGAACACGGAAAAUCGGUAAAUAUUAACUAAUUUAACUAAUUAUGGAAAUCUAGUGACCCAUAAAUAUAAUAUUCUUUAUUGUACCAAUAAGUAAAAUGCUACUAACAAAGACAUUAAAAAGCAAAUAUAACUAGGUAGGUAAUAUACAACAAUAAGCGGUCUUAUGGCUAAAAACGAUCUUUUUCAGAUAACCUUAGUUAGUAUAAAGUUUAACGAUUUAUUUAAUAUAUUUGCACAAAAGAAAAACCUUAAAGUACAAAAGGCGGCCUUAAUACCAUAAGGCAUUCUCUACCACCUUAAGGCUAAGCAGAGAUUGAUUGUACCUACUAUGAGUAAAAUUUACAAAUUUAGUCGAUUUACUUUGUAUCUGUGUACCCUCUGUGUACUCUUUGUAAUAUACCUAGAAUAAUAAUUAUAAUUUACAUAUUUUUAACAA